CCACUCAACCUUUAAAACUUCUGUUUCUUUUGACGGGCCAAAAAAAGAAAAAAACGAAAGAAACAAAGAGAAAGAAAACCGGUGGGGCAAAAGAAAUGGUCGUUGUAGAUGAUGACAUGGUGGAGAUGAGCAUCAUGACCGCCUCUGGAGCUCCUUCUUCUUUUUCUUCUGCUCAAUUCCUUGAUGCUUAUCCCAAAAGUGAGAAGAAAAAGGCUUCAGUUUUAUGGAUUUGAUGGUUUUGAUUCAGUGUUUCCCACCUGUGUUCGGAGGAUUUCGGGAGAUUCUGGGAUUAGGGUUAGAUAUAGUUUUUCUUUAGCGUUUUCUGAAUCUCUUUCCUGAUCUCUUAGAGACUGAACGGAGGACUUUUUUUUUUUUUUUUGCCUUUUAAUACUUUUUAUAUACUCUAAAUUUUUGUCAUUCUUUUCCUUUGAAUUGGUUUUAUUGAAUAACUUUGUUGAUUAUCGAUGUGGGUUUGUGAGGAAUUUGUUAACUGAUUGAUAAAUCUAGGGUUUUGAUGGAGGGGAGAUAUACUGGGGAUUGAUUGAUUUGAUUGAAGGUGUUUGUAAUUGAAUUGUUUGUAUUGGGAAUGGCAAAAAAUAUACAACCCCACCAGCAACAAAAAACAUCACCAAGGAGAUGAGCUAAGAAAUGGGAGAUUCUCUCCUCACGGCCCUUUCAAUGGAGAAUCACCACCCGUCAACACUCUUGUCCAUGGAUUCCAGCGCCUCCUCACACGACGAUUUGGAUUUGGAGAUUAAUCGACAAAUCAUUCUUCAUCGUCCACCAGAUAUCAAUUUACCCUUGUCGGCGGAGCGCAGUCCACCUCCGCAGCCAUGGAAUUUGGAUCCCUGUGAUAUUUUAGAUGUUGGGCUUGGUCCACAAGUUUAUGAGACUGAGAGUUUUCUUACCAUCCCCAAGGCUGGAAGAAAAUGUGCCAAGCGGGUUGAUAGUAUCUGGGGUGCCUGGGUUUUCUUCAGCUUUUACUUUAAACCCACGUUGAAUGAGAAGUCAAAGGCAAAGAUUAUCAGGGACACCAAUGGAGUGUCGGGGUUUGACAAAUCUGAUCUCAAUCUUGAUGUUUUCUUGGUUCAGCAUGACAUGGAGAAUAUGUACAUGUGGGUUUUCAAGGAGAGACCAGAGAAUGCAUUGGGCAAGAUGCAGCUUAGGAGUUACAUGAAUGGGCAUUCUCGUCAAGGAGAGCGUCCAUUCCCAUUUAGUGUUGAUAAGGGUUUCGUACGAUCUCACAGGAUGCAACGAAAGCAGUAUAGGGGUCUUUCAAACCCCCAGUGUGUGCAUGGGAUCGAGGUCGUUCCAUCACCCAAUCUCAUGGGUCUUGAUGAGGAAGAGCGGAAGAGGUGGAUGGAGCUCACAGGCCGGGACUUGAACUUCACAAUUCCACUAGAAGCAAGUGCUUUUAGUUCAUGGAGAAGCCUUCCCAACACAGAUUUUGAGCUUGAGAGGCCAGUUCCGCCGAUAAAGAGUGCCUUGAAUUCCCACGCAAAGAAAUUGCUUAAUGGUUCUGGUCUGAACUUGUCAACUCAGCCAUCUAACCAUACCAAUGGAGAUGCAAUGGAUCUUUCACCCGUCAGCAACAAGAGGAGGAAGGAUUUUUUCUCUCAUGGGAAUGAUGAUGAUGGCUACUUGGCUGUAAAUCCUCCGUCUGAUAGAAGUACAGAUACGGAGAUUCACCCUAAUGAGCCAAACUGGUUGAAUGACUUUAGCGGCGUAAUGAAAAAUGUCUAUGGACCUGUCACUGCUGCCAAAACAAUAUAUGAGGAUAAAGAAGGAUAUCUGAUCGUUAUCAGCUUGCCCUUAGUGGAUCUCCAGAGGGUGAAAGUUUCUUGGAGAAAUACUCUCACUCAUGGUAUCAUAAAGGUCUCUUGUGUGAGCGUAUCUCGCAUGCCAUUCAUCAAGAGACAUGAUAGGACUUUCAAGCUAACAGAUCCAUCUUCUGAACACUGUCCUCCAGGGGAAUUUGUUAGAGAAAUCCCACUUUCAACCCGAAUUCCUGAAGAUGCAAAUGUAGAAGCUUAUUAUGAUGGGCCAGGAUCUGUGCUUGAGAUUAUGGUGCCAAAAUUACGUGUGGGGCCUGAAGAACACGAGGUUCGCGUUUGCCUUCGCCCUCACUUAGGAGGCAAUGAUCUUAUGUUGACUUGAGAUGGUCGUUUAAUGAGAAUUGUAUGUGUUGUUGCCUUGGUUGGUGCUUCAUAGUUUUACUAACUCUGUACCAUACAGUGUAUUCUAUGAAACGAAAUGUGUAUCUCACACUUUUCUUGAGCAUUUUUUGUUCACUAACUAUUGUGGUAUUUGUUGUGUCCA